CACAUGUUUUAGUUUUAUUAUACUUAGUAUUUGCUCGUACGGUAUUAUAACGUUAGUAAAUAAGCUUUGUCCAACUACACCGUCGGCUAAGAAUUAUUAAUUAGCGUUUCGUUAAUGUCAUUAGUGUGUUUUACGCUGAAGGGAUUCGUAUAAGCGUAUUGACAGGAUUAUACAGAGUACGGCAUCAUGCAGCGCGAAAACUGGAUAUGGCUAGUUUUAUUGACGUUGGCUGUGUGCUGGAGAGUGCCCGCUGCGCAGCUGGAAGGCGUCUUCGACCGACUGUUCGACCUGUACGACAGCAGCACGGCGCGGGAGUUAACCGGCCACUUCCGGCUGGAGGCGCGUCUCCUGCGGCUGGAGAACCCCGACGGCCUCCUCGGCAGCGGCAGCCGCUGCGACACUGUCGGGCCCUGCGAUCCCGUCAUCAGCGCCUACAUCGACUAUGAGACGGCCAGUGCGGUGGCCGGGACGCCGGAAGCGCCUGAUUACAUCACGUACACACCCGUCCUGGAGGUGCGUGACGAAAACUCACCGGUGAUCAACAAAGUCCUGUCGCGCGACACCUGCGGCCGUACCAUUAAAAAAGUGCUAGUGCGCGUGCACGUCGUGGAUCACGACAGACUGAGCUCGGAGGAUCUGCUGGACGAUUUCGGGUGUCACGUCAAGAUGGACCAGGAGCCGGCCGGCAACAUGGAGCUGGCCGAGUGGUCGCGCGAACUCUACUGCCUGCCCAAGUCCGGGUUGCAGAAACUCAGGUUGUCGUGGAAGUACCGCUUCUUCCGCGUGGACCCCGAAGACUGCCGCACCAUGCUCAGCGCCACGCUGGCACAAGCAUAACUGCCGCUUCACUUCACCGGUAGCCGCGCCGUCUCCUUCGCAUUUCAACGGAGCCAACGAAUCAAGACUACGGGACUGCAGCUUGCUGUACAGCAGUGCAUUAUAGACAUUAUAGUGACUAGUUAUACCAGUACUACCGCCUUUUCAAACAUGUCCCACCACAGUUGUGUAUGCACGCGCUGAUGCGGACACCGGCGGUCGCAGGCGUCCUGCGUUGAUCCUUCCACGCAUCUGUAUCUUUCCUGCACUGCCAUUAUAAGUUUACAUAAUAUAUAGAUCUACAUAUUAUAAAUUUGCGUGCAGUUUAUGCUUGCAUAGGCUACUGUACGUUUUAUUUGGUCGCAAAGGCAUCAAAAGUAAUCAACAGCUGAAUUAAUAUUUUUAUCGUUAUUAUUCUUAUUGUUUAUAUUAUCAUUAUUUGGGAUUUUAGGUUUACGUUUCUGUGUCAUAGACAGAUGAAUUUCGACUUGAUUUUUAUGCGUAAGAGCUUCAUAUGGUAAUGUUAACGCGGCAAAGCAUUACGAUUAUGUUUCUGUAUAAAUUCUGUAUAUUAGGUGU